AUGUUGAAGAAAAGCGAAGAGAGGAAGAUUAAGGUGAUAUUUUUUUUCAUAGGUUUACUUUUGAGUUUACCUUCUCAUAUUUUGAUCAAUGUAUCAUUUUUGAUUAACCAUAUAUACAAGGAAGAGAUAGCUAUAACAGUAAUGGGUUUUUUAUCUGGGUUUAUGAUAAUAUCCUCAUUUUUACAGUUAACAUUUGAAUUUACUUCUUUUAAAUGGAUUAUGAUAUGUAAUGGAUUUAAUGUUUUCAAUUUAUUAUUAUUAUUAAUAUUUGUUUGUAUAAUGAAAUGUUCAAAAUAUUAUAUAUAUGGUAUAUCUGGGCUUAUAGGUUUUUUUAUUGGUUAUUUGUAUUCAUCGUGUACUAAAUAUAGUUUAAUUUUUCCUUUAAAAGUAAAUAGUUAUAUGGUUACAGGUAUUAGUUUCUCUUCUUUAUUUUUUUUUGGUAUAAAUUUAUUAAUGUCCUAUUUUUCUAUUGAAGAUGGAAAUAUAAACUCAUACUACAACACAAUAUAUCUGUCAAUAGGUACUAUUGUUUUUAUUGAGUUUAUUGUACUUAUCACGAUUAUUUUUAUACAAUAUAAUUCUCCUUUUUUCAAGGAACAGAAAGAGAAAAUAGAAAGUGCUCAGAACAAAAAAUGUUUAAACUAUAAUGCAUCCAAUGAUUUAUGUGAAGUUGAAAAAGGAAAAAAUAAAUCAUCAGAAAAUAUUCAGAAUAAUAAUGUAUCUAUGAUAAGUAAAUGUAAAAAUAAAAUUAAAACUGUUGGUAAUAUGUUUAAUUGUGCUAAUAUAAUUGAAGGGGCUUGUUUGAUCAGAUAUUAUUAUUUAUGUUUAAUACCUAUAUUCUUUUCUUUUUUCGUGACCUGUAUAAUAUAUCCUCACAUGAUUCCCAAUAAGCUCAAUAAGAACGUAUAUUACAAAUACCUGUUUAUGUUUCUUUAUCAACUCAGUGAUCUCAUAUUUCACAUUAUUGUAACAGUUUAUUAUAAUGCUUUUAAUUUUUUUAAACAAAAAUAUGUUGCCAUAUUAUGUCUAAGCAGAGUCUUUCUUUUGUUCUUAUCAUUUAAAAUAAAGAAUUUGACAGAAGAAUCAUUCUUAUAUUCUAAUACAUUUUUAUCAUUCCUAAUAUUUGUAAUAGGAGGUUCGAAUGGUGCUUUGAUAAAUAUUAGUUAUGCAAGAAUAGCUGACUGUUUUGAAGAAUCAACUAAAAAAACUAAACAGAUUGCAGUAGCAUCUUCCUUUUGUGCUUUAUGUCUGUUAAUGAGUUUUGCAUUAGCUCCAUGGUUCUGUCAUGCAAUUAUUCAUUUAUAA